AUGAAUUUCUACCAUCCAAUCACAACACUCCAGUCUCAACUUCACAUUACUUUACUGCCCACGUCGCUUCAGAACCCAGAGAACACUCCUGCCCUCAAAAACAAUGACUGUGAUCUUCACCUGUGUGCGUCUCAGCAACGUGUAGUCCAACAGCCUGACUGUUUCAAAACGGCAAAACUCAGUGAAACUGUGGUAAUAAAAUGUCUGACCAAAGCUUUUUGGAGAACUAAAGUGUGGUACAAACUGGGCACCAACAGGAGUCUACAACUGAUCGCAUCAACUAAUAGUUUAUUUGAGCAAAAUGCACCUUUUGAUUAUCGUUACUCAAUGAAAUCUUCAGAUUCUGAAACCACUUUGACCAUAAUGAACAUGAUGAAGGAGGAUGUUGGCACAUACUACUGUGGAAUAAUUAACUCUCAUGUUCUCUUUGGAUCAGGCACUGUUCUGGAGCUGGAGGGAGAGUCAAAGCCCAUGCAGUCUGUGCUCCAGAGUCCAGACUAUAUCAAAGUGCAGCCAGGAGACUCUGUGACUCUCAGCUGUUCAUUUAACGUCAGCCUCUGUUCAGAACAAACCAGUGUCACUUGGCUUAAAAGUGCUCUUACAACUGAAAUUAUUGCUCAGACCAGUGGAAAUAAGAAUAAAUUCUGUGGGAACGCUGGAGAAAUGGCUUGCGUUCAUAACCUGACCCUGAAUGAUGUAACUUCUACACAAGAUGGGACCUACCUCUGUGUGGUGUCUGCCUGUGGACACUCACUCACUGGGACAAGGAUUCAAGUCUAUGGCAGUGACGUCUCUGAGUUGUCUGACAUUAGCCCGACUGUCAUUAUCUUGAGUGUGUUGAACGUUGUUUUCUGUGCGGCUGUGGUCGUCCUGGUGUGGCUGGUUUACAGCUACAGGAAGAAUCAACAUAAAGGCUGA